AUGACCCGCUGGACUCUGCUGGUGAUGACGGCCAUUCUGAUGUUGGGCAGGGUCCUGGUCAUCCCCGUGACCCUGACCCCAGCUCUCCAGCUCUCCUCUCACAAUUGUUCCCAGACCGCGCAUUGCCCUGUGACCUCGGAGAGGCCCCCAGUCAACACCACAGGCUCCCUCGCUGGCUGGGGCCGCUCCCGCCCGGGCCCACGUAUCACCCUCUCGCUGGACGUCCCCCUCGGUCUCCUGAGGAUCCUGCUGGAGCAGGCCCGGGUCAGGGCUGCCAAGGAGCAGGCUGCUGCCAACGCCCAAGUCCUGGCCCGUGUGGGCCGCCGCUGA